AUGGCCAGAGCCACCAUAUACAUGUUGGUUUUUUCUCUCUUCUUUUUCUUUUGUCUGCGUUUUUCCACUGCUUCGUCUUCCAAUAAGAAACCACCGCUGUGGCAUCCACCGCCACACGAUGCAGACGAACCCACCACCGAUCUGAACCUCUUUGCUCGCCUUCCCUACUGCCCCUUUACAUCCUCCUUCCUUCACCGCUUUUGUUUUGCUUCCCGCUUGCAUCUCCUAUUACCACACAUAUUACCCCCUUCCAGAGGCAGAAGUCGACGUUCAUCGUCACCGACACCAUGUCCAUGUUUCUGGUCCGAAAUGAUGGUGCAUGUCGACGAUUGA